UACAAUUUCUCAACUAUUUUUACUCACUCUUCGAUUUUGUACUUUUCACAAAUUAUAAACAAAGCGCUAGAUUUUUUUUGAUAAUUGAUCCAACAGUCAUGCCACAGCUUAAAGUCUUAAAGGACGACCAAGCUCCUCUGCAGCAGCAGCAGCUAUUGCCGUCUGCAUUUGCUCCACAAUGCGAGACACAACUCGAGAAGGACAUUAAAGAUCUAGACACUAUACUCCAAAUAUUGCUGAAGCAACCUUACUCAAUGUCCAUGGAUGAGCAGCUGAUAGAUGAGCAAGACACAGAGCAGCAGCAGCAGCAGAUGCUUGAUGAGAAGAGCACGCUGCAUGGUAGAAAAGUUUUGAAUGUCCUGCUCAAACGACUUUGGCGUCGUCGACGCGCCGAAGCGCUCAUACUGAAUUGUCUCCUGAAGAAAUAUAAGGAGAAGUCACGCUACUUACUGGAUAAUCUCUAUUUGCACAAUCGAUGGAUUUGGCGUCAGCAGCAACGUGCCGAUCGUCUAGCCCUGAAGCUGAGCAAAGCGCAGAUUGUGGCAACUCAAGCUAAGCUAUUCAAUGAGACUAUGGAACGCCAGCGUCGCAAGGAGCUGGACGCCCUCACGCAGGACUUGAAUAACAAUGCCGAGGCCUUGCUGCUGUCGCGACGUGAAAUGUUUCGUGAAUUCGCCAAGUUUCGUGAGCUGGCCAAGCAGUUGGCCGAUCUGCAGCGAGAAAAUACUUGCAAUGAAAUCUACAUAGAGGAGCUGAAGGAACAAUUGCUGCUUGCUGAGCGAAGUUUUCCGGCUGAGCACAUUGAGCAGCUGCUGCAUGAUAUCAGGGAAAUCAAGCAGUUGGCCUAUAGGGUGAUAAUUGAGCAGGCCAAGAACUACGAUCAGUCAAUUUAUGAAUUAGAGCUAAAAUAUACACAGCUUUUGGAAAAGCACCAGCGAUCCCAGCUGAGCAUAAUAAAGCGUAAGCUGAACGCUUUAGGGAAUCUACUCUGUUGUUUAUUUGGUGGUCGAUUCCUGCGCAUACAGUGGCCCGACUUUCGAUUUUUAUUAUGCAAACUUGUUGGCAGUUUUCUGAACUAUAUGUGCGGGAAUUCAGUCAAAAUUAAAACUUUAAUUGUGAGCUUGCCACUGGCAUUGGUUCUUAUUGGAUCCAUAUACUUUGAAGGCAAACUGUGAGGACUUAAAAGUGAUGCAGGUUAUGCGAUUUUUAUGCAAUUUCAAAUUUUAAUUAAAACAAAAUCAAAACGUAAAAUAAAAAAUAUAUAUAUUGUAUUAGAAA